AUGGCUCCCAAGAAGAAGGGAAACAAGCGCCAGGAGGAGGACUGGGAGGCUGAUCUUGGUGAGGCUGCCCCCGCUGCCGACGCCCCCGCCGACCAGCCCGAGGCCGAUGCCCAGAAUGACGAGGAGGAAGCCAGUGGUGGUCUGAUGGCUGCUCUGCGAAAGAACAAGGCCAAGAAAGCUAAGAAGGGCAAGCAUCCCACCAACGACUUCGUCGAGGGUGAAGAUCCUGUUGUCGAUCUCGCUAGCAAGCAGCCCGAGGAAGGCACAUUCGAUGAGGAUGAUGUUUUCGCUGGAAAGCCCAAGAAGCCUAUCAAGCAGGCCGCUGCUCCUGCUCCUGCUGCCGCCGAGCCUGAGGAGGGAGAAUUCCGCGUCAAGUCCAAGAAGGAGAAGGAGAAGGAGAAGAAGGAGCGUGAAAAGCAACGAAAGAAGGAACAGGCCGCUUUGAAGAAGAAGUCAACCCCUGCUCAAGAAAAGGCCGAUACCUCCAAGGCUGCCGCUAAGGCCGAGCAAGAGGCCGCCGCCGCCGCUGCUGCUCCUGUCGAGACCGGUGGCAAGAAGAAGAAGCUUCCUCCCCAUCUGGCUGCUUUGCAGAAGCAGCAGGAGCUGCUCCGCCAGCAGCGUGAGGAGGAGGAACGUAUCCAAGAGGAAGAGAAGAAGGCUGCUGAAGCCCAGAAGAUCCGCGAUGAGGAGGAAGAGGCCAAGCGUGAAGAAGCCCGUCAACGAAAGAAGGAGAAGGAGCGUGAAAAGAAGGAACAGCUGCGCAAGGAGGGUAAGCUUCUUACCAAGGCUCAGAAGGAGGCCAAGGAGCGCAACGAAAAGCGCAUGCAGCAAAUGCUUGCGGCUGGUGUUGGCAAGGUUGCUGGUCUUGAGGAGGGCGGUGCUGAGAAAAACAAGCGUCCUGUCUACGAUAACCGUAAGAAGAAGGGCGGCAAGAAGCAAGAAGAGGUUGACCUCGAGGCUGCCGCUGAGCGAGCCCGUCUCCAGCGUGAGGCUGAGGAUAAGCGCCGGAAGGAGGCCGAGGAAAAGGCCAAGGCUGAAGCUGCCGCUGCCGCCGCCGCCGCUGCCAAGGCUCCCAAGGAAGAGGAUGAUGAUGCUAUCGACGACUGGGAGAAGGCUGCCGAGGAGGACGAUGAUGUCAAGGACAGCUGGGAUGCUGCCACUGACGACGAGGAGGAGAAGCCCGCUACCAAUGGCUCUGCUGACGAAAAGAAGACCGACGAGGAGGAGGAGGAUGAGGAUGAGGACUCUGAUGAAGACUCCGAAGACGAAUCUUCCUCUGAGGAUGAAUCUGAUGAAGAGCAGUCUGCUAAUCAAAGAGCUAUCGCCCAGCGCAAGGCUGAGGCUGCGGAGCGAAGACAGCAGAAGCACGAGGAAGCUCUUGCGGCUCGUUCUAAGGACAACCUGCGCUCUCCUAUUUGCUGUAUUCUUGGUCACGUCGAUACUGGUAAGACUAAGCUGCUUGACAAGAUCCGUCAGACCAACGUGCAAGAAGGUGAAGCUGGUGGUAUUACCCAGCAGAUUGGUGCUACCUACUUCCCUGUCGAUGCUCUGCAGACGAAGACCGCCGUUGUGAACAAGGAUGGCAAAUUCGAGUUCAAGAUCCCUGGUCUUUUGAUUAUUGAUACACCCGGUCACGAGUCCUUCUCUAACUUGCGUUCCCGUGGUUCUGGUCUUUGUAACAUUGCCAUUCUGGUCGUCGAUAUCAUGCACGGUUUGGAGCCCCAGACUCUGGAGUCCAUGCGUUUGCUGCGUGACCGCAAGACUCCUUUCAUUGUGGCCUUGAACAAGAUUGAUCGUCUGUACGGCUGGAAGAAGAUCGAUAACAACGGUUUCGAGGACAGUUUGGCGAUGCAGAACAAGGGUGUUCAGAACGAGUUCCGCACUCGUCUCGAAGCCACCAAGCUUGCCUUUGCCGAGCAGGGUUUCAACUCCGAGUUGUUCUACGAGAACAAGUCCAUGGCCCGCAAUGUCUCUCUGGUUCCCACCUCCGCUCACACCGGUGAGGGUGUCCCUGACAUGUUGAAGCUCAUCACCUCCCUGACCCAGGAGCGUAUGACCAACUCCCUUAUGUAUCUCUCCGAGGUUGAGUGUACUGUUCUGGAAGUCAAGGUCAUCGAGGGUCUUGGUACCACCAUCGAUGUUGUCCUGUCCAACGGUGUCUUGCGCGAGGGCGACCGAAUUGUUCUGUGCGGUCUCAACGGUCCCAUAGUAACCAAUAUCCGAGCCUUGCUCACACCGGCACCGCUUAAGGAGCUGCGUCUUAAGUCUCAGUACGUGCACAACAAGGAGGUCAAGGCAGCCCUUGGUGUCAAGAUUGCAGCCAACGAUCUGGAGCACGCUAUUGCUGGUUCUCGUCUGUUGGUUGUUGGACCUGAUGACGAUGAGGAUGAUCUGGAGGAAGAGGUCAUGUCCGAUCUGGAGAACCUGCUGAGCCGUGUCGCCACUGAUAACCGGGGUGUCACUGUCCAGGCUUCUACUCUGGGUUCCCUGGAGGCUCUUCUUGAGUUCUUGAAGUCCUCCAAGAUUCCCGUGGCCAACAUCUCUAUUGGUCCGGUCUACAAGCGUGAUGUCAUGAUGGCUGGAACCAUGCUGGAGAAGGAGAAGAAGUUCGCUGUUAUGCUUUGUUUCGAUGUCAAGGUUGAUAAGGAUGCUGCUGCUUACGCCGCUGAUGUCGGUGUUAAGAUCUUCACUGCUGACAUUAUUUACCACCUGUUCGACGACUUCACUAAGCACAUGGAGGAACUGCAGGAGCAGCGCAAGGAGGAGAGCAAGUUGCUUGCUGUUUUCCCUUGUGUUAUCAACCCUGUUGCUGUCUUUAAUAAGAAGGACCCCAUUGUCAUCGGUAUCGAUGUUCUUGAGGGUAGCUUGCGCAUGCACACUCCAUUGGCGGCUGUCCGCACCGGUGCUGAUGGUAAGCGAGAAAUCAUUGAUCUUGGCAGAGUUACAUCUAUUGAGCGUGACCACAAGCCUAUCCCGGUUUGCAAGAAGGGUCAACCCUCUGUUGCUAUCAAGAUUGAGGGACCUAACCAGCCUAUGUACGGUCGUCAGCUCGAGGAGAAGGACCAACUGUACUCUCACAUCUCCCGUAAAAGUAUCGACACAUUGAAGGAGUUCUACCGUGCCGAGGUGACGAGAGAGGAGUGGGCUCUGGUCAAGAAGCUGAAGGGUACCUUCGAAAUCCCUUGA